AUGUCGGUGCCGCUGCUCAAGAUCGGCGCGGUGCUGAGCACCAUGGCCAUGGUCACCAACUGGAUGUCGCAGACGCUGCCCUCCCUCGUGGGGCUCAACGGCACCGUGUCCCGCGCCGGCGCCUCCGAGAAAAUCACCCUCUUCCAAAGCCCAGAAGAAGGCUGGCAGCUGUAUACUUCGGCCCAGGCCCCUGAUGGGAAAUGCAUCUGCACGGCCGUGAUCCCCGCUCAGAGCACCUGCGCCCGGGAUGGCAGGAGUCGGGAGCUGCGGCAGUUGAUGGAGAAGGUCCAGAAUGUCUCCCAGUCCAUGGAGGUCCUUGAGUUGCGGACGUACCGUGACCUCCAGUACGUGCGCAGCAUGGAGACCCUCAUGCGGAACCUGGAUGCACGGCUCCGGGCAGCUGAUGGGUCCCUCUCUGCCAAGAGCUUCCAGGAACUGAAGGACAGGAUGACGGAGCUGCUGCCCCUGAGCUCGGUCCUGGAGCAGUAUAAGGCAGACACGCGGACUAUUGUGCGCCUGCGGGAAGAGGUGAGGAAUCUGUCCGGCAGUCUUGCAGCCAUCCAGGAGGAGAUGGGUGCCUACGGGUAUGAGGACCUGCAGCAGCGGGUGAUGGCUCUGGAGGCCCGGCUCCACGCCUGUGCCCAGAAGCUGGGCUGUGGGAAGCUGACUGGGGUCAGUAACCCCAUCACCAUUAGAGCCAUGGGGUCCCGCUUCGGCUCCUGGAUGACAGAUACGAUGGCUCCCAGUGCGGACAGCCGGGUCUGGUACAUGGACGGCUAUUACAAGGGCCGGCGCGUGCUGGAGUUCCGCACUCUGGGAGACUUCAUCAAAGGCCAGAACUUUAUCCAGCAUCUGCUGCCCCAGCCGUGGGCGGGCACCGGCCACGUGGUAUACAACGGCUCCUUGUUCUACAACAAGUACCAGAGCAACGUGGUCGUCAAGUACCACUUCCGCUCACGCUCCGUGCUGGUGCAGAGGAGCCUCCCGGGGGCCGGUUACAACAACACCUUCCCCUACUCUUGGGGUGGCUUCUCCGACAUGGACUUCAUGGUAGAUGAGAGCGGGCUCUGGGCCGUGUACACCACUAACCAGAACGCGGGCAACAUCGUGGUCAGCCGGCUGGACCCGCACACCCUGGAGGUCAUGCGGUCCUGGGACACGGGCUACCCCAAGCGCAGCGCUGGGGAGGCCUUCAUGAUCUGCGGUGUGCUCUACGUGACCAACUCCCACCUGGCCGGGGCCAAGGUCUACUUUGCUUACUUCACCAACACGUCCAGCUACGAGUACACGGACGUGCCCUUCCACAACCAGUACUCCCACAUCUCCAUGCUGGAUUACAACCCCCGGGAGCGGGCCCUCUAUACCUGGAACAACGGCCACCAGGUGCUCUACAAUGUCACCCUCUUCCACGUCAUCAGCACUGCUGGGGACCCCUAG